AUGGACGCGCUGCGGAAGCGCAGGGAAUGGACUCGAACAAUAGAGAAAGUCAAGCAAGAGCACUGGAAAGAAUUUCUUGACAAAGCAAGUGCAGGCAACCACCUGUGGAAAGCAGCAGGAUACAUCUGCCCCUCAGACAAUUACGCCAACAUUCCGCCCCUGGUAGUUGAGGACACUGAAUAUGCCGACAACAAAGACAAAGCUCAAAUACUACUGAACAGUUUCUUUCCUCCAGCUACAUUCUCGCCGAGAGAACCCCCCACCCCAACCUGGGAGGAACUGCCCUGGGAGCCAAUCACAGAGGAAGAGAUCCUGGCAACACUGGCAAGGACCAAAAGCAAAUCAGCCCUCGGGAAUGAUGGUCUCCCAGCAUUAGUGUGGAAGAGUCUAUGGAAAUACCUGUUGAAACUCAUACACCAGAUCUUCGAAGCAUCAAUCAGACUGGGACACUACUCAACAAGUUGGAAGACUGCGGUGAUUGUAGUACUACGGAAACCUGGGAAACUGGACUACACGGCCCCUGGAGCAUACCGCCCGAUCUCACUCCUUAACACACUGGGAAAGAUCCUGGAGGGAGUGAUCGCGAAACGCCUUACAUACUACACAGAGAAAUAUAACCUCCUCCCAAACACACAAUUCAGAGCCAGACCAGGCAGAACUACAGAACAGGCACUUCUAAUCCUGGCCAGCGCCAUCAACCAGGCCCAGAAACGCGGUAGGGUCCUGACCCUAGUCUCCUUUGAUAUCAAAGGGGCCUUCAAUGGGGUAAAUAAAGACACAUUGGAGGCCAGGCUCAGAGAGAUGGGAAUCCCUCAGAUAGCGCGCAGAUGGGUCCAGAGCUUCAUGGGAAACAGGUCUGCCAAUAUCAAAUUCGACGAUUUCAGCACCGAGGUAGCCUCGCUUCCUAACGCUGGCCUUGCCCAAGGAUCUCCCCUCUCCCCAAUCCUCUUCACCAUCUUCAACUCGGACCUGGUCGACCAAUCAGUAGAUCACAAUGGAGGCGCAUCCGCCUUUAUAGAUGAUUAUUUCCGCUGGAGAACCGGACCAAACACAGAAAGUAAUCUGCAAAAGAUCCAACAGAUAGAUGUCCCUAGAAUCGAAGAAUGGGGGUUCAUCAUGAUGAAUGGACACACCAUCUCACCAUCACCAGAGGUCAAGCUCCUGGGAGUAUAUUUUGACCAGGAACUAAACUGGAAAACACACACACAAUAUAUGGUCAAGAGGGCCACCAACACAUGCGUCGCCAUCGGACGCCUAUCCCACCUACGGCCAGAACAGAUGAGGCAGCUCUACAUUGCCUGUGUAGUCCCCAAAUUGACAUACGCCUCCACGGUAUGGAGGGCCAUGGCAGGGGCAACCUGCAAUGGAAACAGACAUUACUACCCACUAGAGGACACGAUGAGAAUGUUCCACAGAGAGGAGCUGGAACCAAUAGAGACAAUCGACCCAUGCCCCCCGGAACCAUGGCAGAAGCCAGUACUCAAAGACAUCUACCUCGACUCCGACAGGGCCAGAGCCAUCAAGAGAGCUACAGAAAUAAUGGAGAACCCAAUCAAGGCAGUCUUCACUGAUGCUGCAAAGGAGAAUUCAGUGCUUGGAGCAGCGGUGCUGAUCAUGGACAACUCAUACCGCAUCCAGUAUGGCAUACAAGUUGGUGUUGGGCGAGAAAAGCACUGGACUGUCACAACAGCUGAGCUGCUAGCAAUAUACCAUGGACUCUACCUGGUAUGGAGAUCUCACUCAAGUGAGGGGACACCGCCCCCCCACCAGCACCACACAUACACCAUCCUCAGUGACUCCCAUACCGCUCUCCGAGCCAUUGCAAACUCCUCAAAACAAGUUGGAGGACAGAUAGUCCAGAACAUUCUGCGCACAACAAAACAGCUGAAAUCCAUAGGCAUAGACCUCUGCCUCCAGUGGGUACCAGGACACAGUGGAAUCAGGGGAAAUGAAAUGGCCGACCAGCUCGCCAAGCAGUCAAUCAACCCAAACCCAACGCAUGGUUUCCCAAAGCCUGCCUCACACCUUAGGGAAGCCAGCCGCAACAGCACCACACAUGAAUGGAGAGAUGAAUGGUCCUCAACGGCAAAGGGGACUCACCUGCGGAAGAUAGACGCAGCCCUCCCGGGCCAACAUACCCGACGUCUAUAUGCCACACUUCCAAGGCCUCAAGCAAGACUCCUAGCGCAACUCAGAACGGGCCACUCAUGGCUGAAUGAAUUCCGAAACCAAAUAAAAUACACUGACAACAACAAAUGUGAAUGUGGAGCAAAAGAAUUGGUCCAUCAUGUCCUAGUAGACUGCUCAAGACUGCAGCAACAACAUCAGGUUCUGCAACAAAAGAUUGGGGACAGGUUCAACAAUAUCUCCCUGAUGCUAGGGGGUAAACCACCAAACUGGACAAUAAAUGGGACGGAAUGGAAAAUCAGUAGGGGAGACCUUGAUGCGAUCCUAGACUUCACUGAAAACUCGGAAAGAUUCCAAGGCAGAGACAACUAG